AGGAUCUCACUCAUGCCAGUCGUCAAUGCAAGCGGCGGUGCCACAGCAGCCGGCACGGCGGCGACGGCGACGGCGUCUUCUACAAAGAAACGGUCGAAGUCUUUCCUCGCAGCACUCAACAAGAUGCGCUGGGACAGUGUCCUGGCUGUGAUCAUCGCAAGCGACCCUUACUACCACUACGCCCCUCCGCAGACGCCAACACACAAGGCGUCGAGUGCGACGUCGAACACUGACAACACGACAGCAGAUGCCCCGCCGUCUCCGCCAAAGCACCGGCUUCGUCAGUAUCUGCUGUCCUCCAGCAAAACACGGCUGCUCGUGCACGCGGGUGCGGUGGGGUAUCUGCUGUACGUGGUGACGCACCCUUCGCAGUACGUGCCGUGUCGCGUGGUCGUCGUGGUGGGGGGAGGUGGAGCCUCCGCCGUGUCCCGAUCCGCCCCCUCCACCACAACGGGCUGCUUUCUCUAUCAAAGCGCUGAAGGAAUGCAGCUGCUGAUGCGUGGGAAGAUGCCGAGGUGGUGUGUACUGCUGCACGCCAUCGCCGGCUCCCUCCUCCUGCCCCUCGCGAUCUUACAGAAAGAGUCGGUGUGGUACAUGCCGUUCGCGCACAAAGCGGUUGACGCGGAUGCUGACGGUCGGCACCCCACGGAAGGCACAGCAACGCAUCACGCAGGGGCGGCCCAGGCGCACAGCGAAGCCAAACGAGCGCAGCUGCAGGACGCACGCCGCUCGCGUCGCCGCCACGGCCUCUUCGGUUUUGUGACGGGUGCGUGUGCCGCGAUGAUGGUCGUCGGGGGGGUCUCCCUUCGCUCCUACAGCGUCUUCUCCGCCUCUGCGGCGAGCUCGCGCGCCGGCGUCUUGAACUUCGCCUCGGCGAUACUUUUGUUUGCCGUGCCGUGGGCGGUGCUGAUGCCGGCCACAACAGUCUGCGGCGUCAGCGCGAGAGCCGCCGCCCACGCGAUGUUCGGAGGGGUUUUUAUCAAAGCCAUCCUGGCAGUCCCGUUCGAACGCAUGCUCGGCGGUCUGUGGCAGCGACUGGACGGCGUCAGCGUCUCGCUGCCUGCCCGCGCAGGGGUCACGCAGCGUGCGGACGUCGGCAACGGCGUGUGUGUGGAGGUGACGCAGCAGGUGGAGGGGGCACUGGAGCGGGUGUACUACAAGAGUAUUCUGGCGACGACGAUCGUGUUUGGGGUGUGGGGGGUGGCGGACAUCGUACGGUUUGUUCGGUUGGCGCGGCAGUGCGUGGUGACGGGUGAGGCGAAGUCGGCGUAG